AUGGCAGCCAUGCUGUUACCAACGGGUCCUGAUGGCUUGCGGCGGUUCACUCGCGAAUCCUUGGCUGCCCUGGAGCAGCGGAUUGCGGAGGAGCAGGCCAAGAGCCCCAAGGAUAGCCAUGAGACUCAAAGGAACGCAGACCCUCCCAAACCCAGGGUCGACCUGGAGGCAGGCAAGCAGCUGCCGCGCAUCUUUGGUGAUAUCCCUGCAGAACUUGUUGGGGUUCCACUGGAAGACAUUGAUCCAUUUUACUACAAGAACCAGAGGACUUUUAUAGUACUUAACAAAGGGAAGGCCAUCUUCAGAUUCAGUGCCACAUCUGCACUUUACAUAUUUAGUCCAUUUCACUUCAUCAGAUCUAUUGCCAUUAAAAUCUUAGUCCAUGCAUUGUUUAGCUACUUCAUAAUGUUCACUAUACUGACCAACUGCUUCUUCAUGGCCAUGUCUGAUCCUCCAACAUGGACCAAAUACCUGGAGUACACAUUCACAGGCAUUUACACUUUCGAGUCAGUAAUAAAGAUAUUUGCGAGAGGAUUCUGCAUAGUGCCGUUCACAUUCUUGAGAGACCCGUGGAACUGGCUGGACUUCAUCGUCAUUGUCAUGGCCUAUGUCACAGAGUUUGUUGAUCUUGGAAACGUCUCUGCAUUAAGAACCUUCAGAGUGCUGCGAGCAUUGAAAACCAUCUCAGUUAUUCCAGGUCUGAAGACCAUCGUCGGCGCUCUUAUCCAGUCUGUGAAGAAGCUGGCGGACGUGAUGAUCCUGACCGUCUUCUGUCUGAGCGUAUUUGCUCUUAUUGGCCUGCAGCUUUUCAUGGGGCUCCUGCGACAAAAGUGCAUCCGCAGCCUCGAGCACUGCAUCAACUCCUCGUAUAGCCCCAACACAUCCUUCAUCUGCAACAACAGAACCUGGAGCUCUCCUGCAGAUUUUCUCAGCAGUGAAGAUAAUUUUUACAAAGUUGAAGGAUCAAAGGAUGCCUUAAUAUGUGGAUAUGGAAAUGAUGCAGGGAAGUGUCCAGAUGGGUUUGACUGCCUAAAAAUAGGAAGGAAUCCAAACUAUGGCUACACCAGUUUUGAUACCUUUGGCUGGGCUUUUCUGGCACUAUUCCGACUCAUGACUCAAGACUACUGGGAAGAGCUGUUUCAUCAGACUCUGCGCUCAGCUGGAAAGACCUACAUGGUUUUCUUUGUGCUGGUAAUCUUCCUUGGCUCCUUCUACCUGGUCAACCUGAUCCUAGCUGUGGUGGCCAUGGCCUACGAGGAGCAGAAUCAGGCAACCAUCGCUGAGGCCUGGCAGAAAGAGAGGGAAUUUCAGCUGGCUAUGGAGCAUCUCAGACGAGAACAAAGAGUAGGUGCAGGAUCUUCACAUUUAUCCCACCCUCUGCUGGCCACCCUCUCUUCUCACCCUCUCAGCACCAGGAGAGGAAGCCAGAACAGCAUCUUCAGCUCUUUCCGUGUUCGCAACAACUCAGAAGCGGACUUUGCCGACGAUGAAUACAGCGUUCAUGGGGACGUCUUCAGGAGUCGCGCCGGUUCAACUGCCACACCCUGGAAGAGGAGGACGGGCAGUGUAAGGAGCCACUGCUCCCAAGUUCUCACACCCAGCCUCAAUGUCAAUGGUCGGCUGAACAUUUCCUUAGACCAGAACGGGGUGACUACCAUGGGUCUGCUCACCCCUACAUCCUUGCCUGCUCACAGCAUGGAGCGAGUCAGAGAAGACACACCCAGCACCACAGAGGAAACAUCUCCCAAACCUGUCCUCCAGCCUUCCCCGACAGCGAUGGAGCCGACCUCAGUGUGCAGGAAAAGAGGCCUGAGCUCUGUCAGCUUCUUCAGUGAUGCCAUGGAUGAGCUGGAAGAAUCGAGGCAAAAAUGUCAUCCUUGCUGGUACUCAUUUGCCAAGAAGUAUCUGAUAUGGGCCUGCAACCCCUGGUGGCUGCAGCUGAAGGAUUGGGUGAAGUUCAUGGUGAUGGAUCCCUUCCUGGAUCUAGGUAUCACUAUAUGCAUUGUGCUGAACACCCUUUUCAUGGCCCUGGAGCACUACCCCAUGACUGAUGAGUUCAACACCAUGCUGUCAGUGGGCAAUCUGGUGUUUACAGGGAUCUUUACAGCUGAGAUGGUAUUGAAGCUGAUUGCCUUGGACCCUUAUUACUACUUUCAACAGGGCUGGAACAUCUUUGAUGGCAUCAUUGUCUGCCUCAGUCUGAUGGAGUUGGGCCUCUCCAACGUAGAGGGACUGUCUGUCCUGAGAUCUUUCAGACUGCUACGAGUGUUCAAGCUGGCAAAGUCCUGGCCCACUCUCAACACUCUCAUUAAGAUCAUCGGCAACUCUGUGGGCGCCCUGGGAAACCUUACGCUGGUGUUGGCCAUCAUCGUCUUCAUCUUUGCUGUUGUGGGCAUGCAGCUAUUCGGCAAAAACUACCAAGACUGCGUGUGUAAGAUCGCUUUUGACUGUCAACUGCCUCGCUGGCACAUGAAGGACUUCUUCCACUCCUUCCUCAUCGUGUUCAGAGUACUGUGCGGCGAGUGGAUCGAGACCAUGUGGGACUGUAUGGAAGUGGCUGGACAACCUCUCUGCAUCCUGGUGUUUAUGUUGGUCAUGGUCAUAGGAAACCUGGUGGUGCUGAAUCUCUUUCUUGCCCUACUUCUUAGCUCCUUCAGCUCUGAUAACCUCUCUGCUCCGGAUGAAGAUGGAGAUUUGAACAAUAUUCAGAUUGCUAUCGCUCGCAUCCACAGCGGUGUCUCCUGGCUUGUUUCGUGUGUCGUCAACCUGUUCAGCCAUGGCUUAAGGAGUCAGGACCAGAAGGCCAAAGAAGCCAGUCAGGCUGCCAAGCUGGUUGGAAAUCACAUGGAAAGCAAUGGGGGGAUCUUUACAGGCUAUGGAGAGAAAAACAUCAUACCAGAGGAGGAUAGCUACAUGACCAACCCAAACCUGACCGUCAUCGUUCCCAUCGCACCUGGGGAGUCUGAUAUGGAGUUUCUUGAGGAAGAGGAGAUUUCAGAAUCAUCAGAGGAUGAGGACAACAAAGUAAGUCAGCCAGAUGAGAAAGUCAGCUUGUCAGAGGGCAGCACGGUGGAUCUGAGGAAGCCUGGGGAAGAAGAGGAUAACUUCUCAGACCUAGAUGAAGACAGUAUGGAGCCAGAUGAUUGCUUCCCUGAGUUAUGCCUGAGGCACUGUCAGUGCUGCAAUAUCGACACAAGCCGUGGUCUGGGCCAGGCCUGGUGGAGGCUGAGAAAGACCUGCUACCAGAUCGUGGAGCACAGCUGGUUCGAGACAUUCAUCAUCUUCAUGAUCCUGCUCAGCAGCGGAGCUCUGGCAUUCGAGGAUAUCUACAUCGAGAAGAGAAAAGUCAUAAAGGUGGUGUUGGAGUAUGCUGACAAAGUCUUCUCCUAUAUCUUCGUCCUGGAGAUGUUCCUCAAAUGGAUUGCAUAUGGCUUUAAGAAAUAUUUCACCAACUACUGGUGUUGGCUCGACUUUCUUAUUGUGGAUGUGUCCUUGAUAAGCCUCGUAGCAAAUUCACUGGGAUAUUCUGACUUUGCUGCUAUCAAGUCCCUGAGGACCCUCCGGGCUCUGAGACCUCUCAGAGCUCUGUCCAGAUUUGAGGGCAUGAGGGUCGUUGUGAACGCUCUUAUUGGAGCUAUCCCUUCAAUUAUGAACGUGCUCCUUGUGUGUCUCAUCUUUUGGCUCAUCUUCAGCAUCAUGGGAGUCAACCUGUUUGCUGGCAAGUUUGGAAAGUGUGUGAACAAAACAGGCUUUACCCACAGCAUUUCUGUGGUCAACAACAAGUCUGAUUGCCUUGCCAUGAAUGACACACAGUUCUAUUGGACAACGGUCAAGGUCAACUUCGACAAUGUAGGACUUGGGUACCUUUCCCUUCUGCAAGUGGCAACAUUUAAAGGAUGGAUGGAAAUUAUGAAUGCAGCUGUAGAUUCAAGAGGCGUGGAAGAACAACCCAGCAGAGAAAUAAACCUCUACAUGUACAUCUACUUUGUUGUCUUCAUCAUAUUCGGCUCCUUCUUCACCCUCAACCUCUUCAUAGGCGUCAUCAUUGACAAUUUCAAUCAGCAAAAGAGAAAGAUAAGUGGACAGGAUAUCUUCAUGACUGAAGAACAGAAGAAGUAUUAUAACGCUAUGAAAAAGUUGGGAUCUAAGAAACCUCAAAAGCCAAUACCAAGGCCUGCGAACAUUCUCCAAGCCUUCUUCUUUGAUUUGGUGUCCAAGCAAGCCUUCGACAUCAUGAUUAUGAUGCUCAUCAUUGUCAACAUGGUGACCAUGAUGGUGGAAACGGAUGAGCAGUCAGAGCGAAUGGAGUCCAUUCUUAACAAGAUCAACCUGGUCUUCAUUGUGAUCUUCACCACCGAAUGCCUGAUCAAGCUGUUUGCCCUCCGAUGUUACUUCUUCACAGUUGCAUGGAACAUCUUUGACUUUGUGGUGAUAAUUCUCUCUAUUGUGGGUAUUGUUCUUGCUGACAUCAUUGAGAAGUAUUUUGUAUCGCCAACCCUGUUUCGAGUCAUCAGACUAGCAAGGAUCGGACGUGUACUCCGACUUAUACGUGCAGCCAAAGGAAUUAGGACUUUACUGUUUGCCUUAAUGAUGUCCAUGCCAGCACUGUUCAACAUUGGCCUCCUACUUUUCCUCGUCAUGUUCAUCUAUGCUAUCUUCGGUAUGGCAAACUUUGCCUACGUGAAAAAACAAGAUGGGAUUGAUGACAUGUUUAACUUUGAGACUUUUGGGAACAGUAUAAUCUGCCUUUUUCAAAUCAGCACUUCGGCAGGCUGGGACAACCUCCUGAGCCCUAUAAUGUCCAGCCCCCCAGAGGAGUGUGAUUCUCAUUUUAUCAACACUGGCACUAAUGCCCGAGGAAACUGUGGCAACCCCUCUGUGGGCAUUGCUUUCUUUGUCAGUUACAUCAUCAUCUCUUUCCUCAUUGUGGUAAAUAUGUAUAUAGCUAUCAUUCUGGAAAAUUUCAGCGUGGCCACAGAGGAGAGCACAGAGCCACUCAGUGAGGAUGACUUUGAAAUGUUUUAUGAGGUUUGGGAGAAGUUUGAUUCUGAAGCCACACAGUUCAUUGAGUUUUCAAUGCUUUCGAACUUUGCUGAUGCUCUUUCGGCGCCAUUGCGUAUCCCAAAACCCAACAAGAUCCAGCUUAUCUCUAUGGACCUACCAAUGGUCAGUGGGGAUAGGAUCCACUGCCUGGACAUCUUGUUUGCCUUCACAAAGCGAGUCCUGGGAGAGUCGGGAGAAAUGGACACCCUCAAACAGCAAAUGGAGGAGAAAUUCAUGAUGGCCAACCCCUCCAAAAUUUCUCAUGAGCCCAUCACCUCCACGCUACGACACAAAUUGGAGGAGGUGUCUGCAGUCAUCAUCCAGAGGUGUUACAGAAGGCAUCUAGUACGUCGGCAAAUGAAGCAGGCAUCCUACCUCUACAGACAAAUUAACUACGAGACUGUAGUGGAUGUAGAGAACGCGCCAGAGACAGAAGGGCUGAUAGCCUCCAUGAUACAACACUAUGGGCCAAUGGGGGUUGUGGUUGUACAAACAACAGAAGACACAAUAAUGUCUUCACCACCAUCUUAUGAUAGUGUAACCCGGGCAGAUUUGGAAUAUGUACAAAAAGAAAAUGAAGAAAAAAAAAACCCACGAUAUAAAAAUUGCCAGAAAAAUGUAACUUGA